AUGGAGCCCUGGUACGCCUCCAGGGGGUCGUCACAGGUCUUUCACCGGCUCCUGGUGCCCUGGCGAGACGAACACGAAUGGCUGGAGGUUUGCACCGACCUGGUAAACAGCCCGGCGACGGCGAUCGCCUCUACGACCUGGCAACAGGUCCAUGUCUGGAGAGCAAGGAUGGCACUGCCACCAGCAAUAGCGGUGCUCGUGGACGCAACUGGAAGCAUGGAGCAGCUGCUCCAGACGUGUGCUGCUGUCGCAGUCGAACCGGGUCCACCGCAGUGCUCUCGGUCGCAAGCGCUCCAGACACAGCGCCUCGCAGCAGCACUGGCCUUGUCGCGGGCAGUGAGUGUGCUUACCGACCGCGUACAACAGCGACACAAGUAUGCCCAGUCCGUGGGCAACCUUGCAAAGACGCUGGGAAUCCCGGCAUUGUUGGUGGAGGUUCGACACGCAACCGUUCACCAAACGUUGCCGUCGGUGGCCGCUCUUGUCGAAGCGUACUCUGCCUGGACAGACUUUGUCCGAACACGUUAUAUUGAAACACGAAAGCGAUCGAUCGCUUCUUUCGAGAGCAACCUCCGAGCGCUGGCUCGGAUGUGGUACUCGACGAGACCCGUACCGCACCACGGCGAGCAGGGUCCAAUGCAGCAAGUCGCAGCGCCUCUGCUGCAGGCACCCGGUACCGCGGAUACCGACUCGACAGCUGCUGCCUUUGCAGAAGCGCUCUUGCAUCCCUCUGCAUACGUAGAGGUGCGCUGGUUCGCGGCACUAGUCGCUCAGCACAUGCUAGAGUACGCGCGUGAGACCAGUGCAUCGGACAACGCGUUACCUUCUCGCGAGCGCCUCGAAGCAUGGUUCCGGUAUCUCUGUCCCUUGCAUGAAACCUGGCCGCACUUUCUGCCGAGUCUCGUUUGUGCACUGGUAAUGGCGCUGAGGACAACCGCCGUGGAAACGGAAACUGCCACAACAGACGCAACCGGGAUUUCAGGGGCAACACAUUCGCCAGCAACUCCACACGCAACAGUGGUGAGCGCUUCCGUGUGGAGACCAAGCGCUGCGGUGCUCCUCGUGGGACUUUUGGAGACACUGCGAGCGCGUCUUUCACAGGCGACCUCGCUGGAACCCUGGGUCAUCGAUCACGACUGCCACUGGCUCGAGUGGCUUCUCCAUACCCAAUUUGCACAAGAAAACGAUGUAUUACGCCUGUACUGCGAGAGGUGGAUCCAACAGAGCCGGGUCGGGAAACGUAGACAAGCACCGCGGGAACGAACAAGUCGCACCCUGAAGAAAACGCCCGCCCUGUGGCAUCAGACGAAGCGCUGGCGUUGGCGUUGGUGCUGGUGGUGGCAACACAGCCUUCGAUAUCGAGCGGCUGUGAGCUGGAAAACGGGCCCUUCGCCGCGUUGGGAGCCCCAGUUCGGGCCCUUGUAUGGUGCCUGGCGUCGCUGUGUGAGUUGGCCAACGUGCCCGCUGGGUACGCUUCCCGUCGGUUACGACGCUGCAGCGGUUCAGCGUGGAACCUCGCUGGGGAUGUGCUCCGCGGAUCCCGCUACCAACACCGUGUUCACUGCGAAGGAGAACGAGCUCGCCCAGCGUCUUGUCCAGCGGACGCUCUACCUGCUCGAUGAAUACGACCAAGUCGAGCACCAAGCAGGAAUGAGCGCUUGCGCGGAUGCGUCCACGUAG